AUGGACCACCACGCCAAGCUCACCUUCUUCGACCUCCCUUACGAUAUUAGAUCUAUGAUCUACAAGUUGGUGCUAGAAGAUGGCCUCGACCGAUUCACAACCGACGAUGAGACCAUUCAAGGCGACACCUCGGACCUCGCAAGUCUGGCCCAGCAACUAGCCAAUGCGUACCGGAUUAUGGCCCGACAACUGGCCAACCUGAAGAAAUUGGCCGUUCUAUCCCGGACAUUUGAGGAAGAGGCGUGUGAGCAAUUCUUCCGCUCGACACAAAUAUAUAUCCGACACGAACCAUCAACCUUCCCUGAAUACCAACAAGCAGUGGAACUCCUCAUCAACGAACCACUGUUUCGCAAGCACACCGUCAAUGUCCGCUGGGGAGUCAUGAUAGACAAGGACGAGAACACCUUGUACCCGUACUCCCAAGACUAUUUCAGUCGCUGGCGUUACGACAACGGACCCACGGUCCCCAGGGUGCCCUGGCCCGAAGAGGUUCCCAGAUGCCUCGUCAGGAUGGAUAAGCUGGACUCUAUCCAUCUCGAUGUCGACCACGGAAGGGACUGGGUCGACCUGUGCGGCAACCCCAAGUGGCUUUACCAAGUCUACCUGAGAGUAAAGAAACUCAGGCUGGCCUUAAACUUCAGGGGCGCUACCAGAGCGGUCAAUAAGGCAUGGAAGUCGCGAUACAUCCGGAAUGGUCGGCCCAGGGAGCUCUUGGAGAGGAAUAUCCUUAACCACCUCCUUACACUACCAGAGGACCAUUUCAGAGAUGCGCCGGACCGGCUCAUCAAAAACCAUUUUGGUGCCAUCGACCCGGAGUGGCCUCGCCUGCCUAGGCUCUAA